GGUGUCAAGAUGUAAUCCCCCAACGGAUUUCGGGACUAGAUCAGUCUAAAAAAUCUCUCAAUCUAAACACUCGUGUUCGUCGAUAACCUAAUUUUUUUUGUUGAAAGUCUGGUUUUCUGAAGCCGAAAAGCCGCAAGUUACGCGCUUGGAUUUCUUACGUUUUCGUGAGCUGUUUUACUUUCGUGGACUUUUCGUUCAUAUUAUUGCGAUGGAUCGGGCUUUUGGCAACUUGGAGAACAAGUUCAAGUGCAUGGUGAAGGCGGAGAGCAAGGGAAUGGCCCUCAAGCUGGUGGGAUUCUAUGCUGUCGGUUGGACCCUGCGCAAGCUGGUCAAGUGAAGGGUUAAUAUACUGUCCUGCCCUCAAAUGGUUUGGUCCUGCUGCCAUCGAUUUGGUCAACCGCUCUGUCGUUUUAGUUAAUUGAAAAUUUCAUGUAGAAUAAAUUGUGGUCUUACCUCCAAAUCACAA